AGGGGAGCGGAAGUGGAAACAGUGGAGCAAGGAGAGAUGGUUGGUGUGGGAAAAGAGGGGGAAAGGGAGGUGGUGGAGCAGAGGGAAGAGGAUGGCAAGAAGGGGGAGAAGGUGGAAGGGAAAGAAGAAAAGGAGAAGGAGGAGGAAGUUGCCAAGCAGGAAGUGGAGGAAGAGGAAACAGCCAAGCAGAAAGUGGCCAAGCAGGAAGUGGGGAAAGAGGAAACAGCCAAGCAGGAAAUGGAGGAAGUGGAAACGGCCAAGCAGGAAGUGGAGGAAGAGGAAACAGCCAAGCAGGAAGUGGGGAAAGAGGAGAUAGUCAAGCAGGAAAUGGAGGAAGUAGAAACGGCCAAGCAGGAAGUGGAGCAAGAGGAAAUGGCCAAGCAGGAAGUGGCCAAGCAGGAAGUGGGGAAAGAGGAAACAGUCAAGCAGGAAAUGGAGGAAGUGGAAACGGCCAAGCAGGAAGUGGAAACGGCCAAGCAGGAAGUGGAGGAAGAGGAAACGGCCAAGCUGGAAAUGGAGGAAGUGGAAAUGGACAAGGAGGAAAGGGAGGAAGAGGAAUUGGACAAGGAUAUGGAUGGAAAGUAUUCUGAUGAUGAGAGUGACGAGAGUUCCGAUAUCCUGCAUCAUCCUGCCCUGUUAAAGGGUAAACUGGACACCACCUUUCCUGCAAUAGAGGGAGAAGAUACGCUGAAAACCCUUGAAGGCAAACGGUUGUGUUACCCAAAACCAAUCUAUGAUUUCCUUCCUCCAUUCUCUCAGUUGACACACCUCAGUCUCGCAAAUAAUAAGAUAUGUGACGACGAGGAGUUGUUGGCUGUCUGUCUCUUCCCGGCGUUGACCAAGCUGACCAUCUACAACAACCCAAUCACCCUCAAUGCCGAGAAGAAACCGCAGCUGGUGAUUGCAAUGCUGAAGGAGAGGCUGGGGAUGGAGGUGGUGACCACCAAACCACAGCCGGCAGCUCGCCCACCGCCCCUCAACGUCUUCAAUCCCAAGCGCAAGAUCGACACUCACAUUCCAAAGAUCCCCAAAAAGCCGCUGAUGCUGGAAACAGCCAGGCGGCUCCUGGGCCUGGAAUGUGCCGAGCCUGGGUGUGGAGGGGCCCAGCGUGGAGAAGCCGGGGCCAGGGCCGGAGCUGCGGGCCUGGCAGGCCAUGCCGUCACAGAACCAGUGUCAGCCCCACAGGCCAGCGGCAAGACAGAUGGCAGCGUUCCUGACCCCACCAUCACCCCAGAGAAGCAACAGGGAGAGGCCACGGCGGAGGAAGGGCCUGUGGAAGGGUUCUUCAUGACCCAGGUUGAAGAUGCAGCAAUGACCACAGAAGACAUGGCGGUCUUGGAGGAGACGCAAACCGAGGUUGCCUCGGUGGCAACAGAUGUCCCCGAGAAGUACAGAGGCUAUGAGGAACUCUUGGAUGCGACAACUGACCCCUACUUUGUGGAUCCAGUUGGAAUUCAGCAGAACGUUCAGCAGCUGGAGUGGCGGCUUCGCAAGUUGCAACUCUACCCUGACCCCUGCGCCAGAGUCAACCUCCUGCAGCAACACUCCCAGCCCAAGGACAGGAAGCCUCAGAAACUUCCAGAACGUACGUGCCACAGAAGCAAAGCUGAGCAAAUGGAGGAGAUACUGAGAGCGAUGAGGGAGCAGAGAGCACUGACCGUUAUCCCACUAGCUCAGGUCCUGCGGGUGAAGGAUGCCAGCAGCCAGGAGUACCGGGAGGCGGCAGCUCUACUGAGGGUCAUGCAGCAGAAGUACAGCCAGAUGCGGCGCAGGCUGACGGCCAACUUCAACAAGCUCCACGAGGAGUGCGUGCAGCUGAAGGGGAAGAUGCCAGAGGCCGAGCGGCCUCCCCACAGCUUCACCAGCCUGGAGGAACCCACCUGCAGCAGCCUGGACUAGGGCCACCCCCAGCCCCCCCCCCAUACCCCUUGCUGGGACCCAUUCCUACGAACCUUGCCCACAGCACCGGCAAGCACCUAGUCUGAAAACCAACCCAAUUGAAGGAAAGUUUUGACGAUAAAUGUUACCGUAACUUUG